ACACAUCGUUGGAGAGUGAUCGAGGCAACGAUUUCGAUGAGGGUCGCGUGGUCAGUCUGGUGCUUGAUGUUCGAAUAGAAGGUCUUCUCUUGAAGCUAUUUACACAUUUUAUCUUGAAAAACUUUGAACCGAAAAUCUGCCCAAAUAUUAAAAUUAAACAACAACAAGUAAUACAAAAUAACUAGUGAAUUUUUGUGUGUAAAAGUGGUGCAAUACUUAGGGCUUUCUAAUAUAAAGGCAGUCGCAGUUCAUUCGUUAAUCUCUUUAGUGUCUGUGUGAGUGUGUGUGUGUGUUACUUAUACUGUGCAAAAGAUAAAAGAAGGCGUAUAAAUCCUUCAAAGCUGUUAUUUAAAAAUUGUGCCACAACAGCGUCACUGUGCCGUAUUGUUAUACUAAUCUUGCUAGUGUAUCGUGCUUCUACUUGGAAGGAAAGCAAGCUCCCCGUUCCCUACACUCUACACUCGUUAAAACUUUGCAGUUACGAAUAGGCAGCUAGUGAGCCAAGCUCCAAUUCCGAUUUUACCCUUAACACCCCCCCCCCACCCCUUUCCCCCUAUACAUUCCUGCCCAGCCGGUGUGAUACAGUGGGCUGAAGAAGAUGGCCCAAUUUGUGACACACAUCCAGCCGACGCUGAUCGAAGCGUCCCAGGGGCAUGUGCCGCACCAUCACGGGCACCAGGUAGGGGUGCCGCACACGUCCCAUCUGCCGCACAGUGGGCACAACAUGCCGUCGCCCCCGACCCACCACGGCCACAGCCACGGGCAUGUGCACGGCCAUCACCAUCAUGGGCAGGGCGGGUCGCUCGUCCACAGCGCCAGCCGGGACAUGUCGAAUGCGAAGGGUUCGGCCGGCCACAAGGCACCGACGCAUCUGCCCCUGUCGCCCAAAGCGGACGACCAGCAUCAUCAUCAGCCGCACUAUCAGCACGUGGAGGGAUACUAUCAGCACGCGCCGAUGCAUUACUACCAGCAGCAGCAGCACCAUCACGGGCAUAGUCAUGGACAUCAUCAUUCCGGCUCUGAUGGAAACACAUCGUUCUUGCGCGCUGCAAGAGCAGGCAACCUGGAGAAAGUGUUGGAACACUUAAAAAAUAAUAUUGAUAUUAAUACUUGCAAUGCGAAUGGCUUGAACGCGCUGCAUCUUGCGUCGAAGGAUGGGCACGUUGCCGUGGUGACGGAACUGUUGGCCCGCGGGGCCACGGUCGAUGCCGCCACGAAGAAGGGCAACACUGCGCUGCACAUCGCUUCGCUCGCCGGCCAGGAGGACGUGGUGAAGCUGCUGAUCAAGCACAACGCUUCGGUGAACGUGCAGUCGCAGAAUGGCUUCACGCCGCUGUACAUGGCAGCGCAGGAAAACCACGACUCGGUCGUCCGGCUGCUCCUGUCGAACGGUGCCAACCAGAGCCUGGCAACCGAGGACGGCUUCACGCCGCUGGCCGUCGCCAUGCAGCAGGGGCACGAUAAGGUGGUGGCCGUGCUGCUGGAAAGCGACACCAGGGGCAAGGUGCGCCUGCCCGCGCUGCACAUUGCCGCGAAGAAGGACGACGUGAAGGCGGCAACAUUGCUACUAGAGAAUGAUCAUAACCCCGACGUAACGUCCAAGUCAGGCUUUACGCCACUGCACAUCGCGUCGCACUACGGCAACGAGGCGAUGGCCAAUCUGCUCAUCCAGAAGGGGGCGGAUGUGAACUACGCCGCCAAGCAUAACAUUAGCCCGCUGCACGUCGCCGCCAAGUGGGGCAAAACCAACAUGGUCGCGCUGCUGCUCGAGAAGGGCGCCAGCAUCGAGAGCAAGACGCGCGACGGCCUGACGCCGCUGCACUGUGCCGCCCGGUCCGGGCACGAGCAGGUGGUCGACAUGCUGCUCGAGCGGGGCGCCCCGAUCAGCUCGAAGACGAAGAACGGCCUGGCGCCGCUGCACAUGGCCGCCCAGGGGGAGCACGUGGACGCGGCCCGCAUCCUGCUGUACCACCGGGCGCCCGUCGACGAGGUGACGGUCGACUAUCUGACCGCCCUGCACGUCGCCGCCCACUGCGGGCACGUGCGCGUGGCCAAGCUGCUGCUCGAUCGGAACGCGGACGCGAACGCGCGCGCCCUGAACGGGUUCACGCCGCUCCACAUUGCGUGCAAGAAGAACCGCAUCAAGGUGGUGGAGCUGCUGCUGAAGCACGGCGCGAGCAUUAGCGCCACGACCGAGAGCGGGCUGACGCCGCUGCACGUCGCCUCGUUCAUGGGCUGCAUGAACAUCGUCAUCUAUCUGCUGCAGCACGACGCCAGCCCGGACGUGCCGACGGUGCGCGGCGAAACGCCGUUGCAUCUUGCGGCCAGAGCCAAUCAGACCGACAUUAUUCGCAUUUUGCUGCGCAACGGUGCGCAGGUGGAUGCGCGCGCCCGCGAACAGCAAACGCCGCUGCACAUUGCGUCGCGCCUCGGCAACGUCGACAUCGUGAUGCUGCUGCUCCAGCACGGUGCCCAGGUCGAUGCGGUCACCAAGGAUAUGUACACGGCACUGCACAUCGCGGCAAAGGAGGGCCAGGAUGAGGUUGCUGCCGUUUUGCUGAACAACGGGGCCCAGAUCGAUGCGACCACCAAGAAGGGCUUCACGCCGCUGCACCUGACCGCCAAGUACGGCCACAUGAAGGUGGCCGAGCUGCUGCUGGAGAAGAGCGCACCGGUGGAUGCGCAGGGCAAGAACGGCGUCACGCCGCUGCACGUCGCCAGCCACUACGACCACCAGAACGUGGCCAUGCUGCUGCUGGAGAAGGGGGCGAGCCCGCACGCCACCGCCAAGAACGGGCACACGCCGCUGCACAUUGCGGCGCGCAAGAACCAGAUCGACAUCGCCAACACGCUGCUGAAGUACGAGGCGCAGGCGAAUGCGGAGAGCAAGGCCGGCUUCACGCCGCUGCACCUGAGCGCCCAGGAGGGCCACACCGAGAUGUCCGGGCUGCUGCUGGAGAGCAAGGCCAACCCGGACCACCAGGCGCGCAACGGGCUGACGCCGAUGCAUCUGUGCGCGCAGGAGGACCGGGUCAGCGUGGCCCAGGUGCUGGUCAAGCACGGUGCGAACCUGCAGGCCGCCACCAAGGCGGGCUACACGCCGCUGCACGUCGCGUCCCACUUCGGGCAGGCGAACAUGGUGCGCUACCUGAUCGAGCAGCAGGUCGAUGUGAACGCUUCCACCGGCAUCGGCUACACGCCACUGCAUCAAGCUUCGCAGCAAGGACACUGCCACAUUGUUAACAUUUUGCUGGAGAGCAACGCUGACCCUAACGCUAUUACAAAUAAUGGACAAACAUCGCUGAAGAUUGCACAAAAGCUGGGCUACAUUAGUGUGCUCGAUUCGCUGAAAUCGGUGACGGACGCGAAGGCCACGCCUGAUCAGCCGCCAUCGGAGGAGAAGUAUCGCGUCGUCGCGCCGGAAGCGAUGCACGAAACAUUUAUGUCCGAUUCCGAAGAGGAAGGAGGUGAAGAUACAGUGCUGUCUGAUCAACCGUACCGCUACCUGACGGUCGAUGAGAUGAAGUCCCUCGGGGACGACUCGCUGCCGAUCGAUGUGACGCGCGACGAGCGAAUGGACUCUAACAAGAUGGUGCAGAGUACCGAUUCGCACCAGUUCCCGCCCACGGCGCUGGAGGAUUCGAUCAGCCCGCAGCACGCGUCGAUGGUACAGUCCGGCAUCUCGGCGACCGAUUUCACCGACAACAUCAACAUUGAGCGCCAUUCGCACGUAGGAAAGCUUCACUGGAAGAACUUCUUGGUUUCCUUCCUGGUCGAUGCGCGCGGCGGUGCCAUGCGGGGCUGCCGCCACAGUGGCGUGCGCAUCAUCGUACCGGCCCGGUCGGCCGCACAGCCCACGCGCAUCACGUGCCGCUACGUGAAGCCGCAGCGCACCAUGCAUCCGCCGCCGCUGAUGGAGGGCGAGGCGCUGGCGAGCCGCGUGCUCGAGCUCGGCCCGGUCGGGGCCAAAUUCUUGGGCCCGGUCAUCAUGGAGGUGCCCCACUUCGCCUCGCUGCGCGGCAAGGAGCGCGAAAUUGUUAUCCUGCGCUCCGACAAUGGGGAGACUUGGCGCGAGCACAACAUCGACAUGUCGGACGAGAUCAUCCACGAUGUGCUGAACGAAUGCUUCGAACCCGAAGAGCUGGCCCAGCUGGACGAGCUCGGCGGUGGACGCAUCUGUCGCUUCGUGACGUACGACUUCCCGCAGUACUUCGCGGUGAUUUCGCGCAUCCGCCAGGAGGUGCACGCGAUCGGACCGGAGGGCGGCAUGGUGUCGAGCACGGUGGUGCCGCAGGUGCAGGCCGUCUUCCCGCAGGGCGCGCUGACGAAGAAGAUCAAAGUUGGGCUACAGGUAAAUCUGUUCAAACCCCGCAAAGGGGUGGCGCCGGAAAAGUUGCGAAAGAUAAGCGUCAACCACGUGCCGAAGAAGAAACGUUUCUCAUUGAUCUGGUAAGGUGCGAUCGGUUGCACCCGGCCACGCACGAUCCGCGAGCUCGCUUGCUCCUUCGUGCUUACAUGCGACGAAAAUGGCGACAAAUGUUUUACAACAUAUGAUACAUGAUACUCUAAGCGCCCAGGUGCAAAAUGUGGCAGCCCCGGGAAAUGUCCGCGAUUGCUUCCAUUUCGUUUUCUUUCUUUCUUUUUUGUCUACGCUGUUUUUCACCUCACUUCGAAACAGUUUGCUCAAACGCGACUUUUUCUUCUGUUCACCAAUGCUAGUCAACGCGCGUCACCUGUUUAUGAAAUCAAACCUUAAUUGCAUGUAACCUUUGUUUAUAUGUUGAAAACUUGGACUCUUUAUUGUGUAGUAGUUGCUUCUUAUCGACAUUAUCGUUUGGUGUAGUUUUUAAUGAUUAAUUAAGCCUUGCAAAACGCAUCCAUCGGCGAAACGAAAUGUCGAACCGGAACAUUAUGUUAUGGUGCUACCGCCAUUGGGGUUUUGAGCUGAGGGCUCAGUUUACCAUUUAGGUAUUGAGUAAUUUACAAUCCGUAUUCGCUGUUACGUGGCGCUGAGCAUUAAUUAUGAACACUGCUGUGCACCAACUACUCUGAUAGUAAACGGACGGUCAUUCCUAACAAGGUUCACUGGCGCUGGAAGCGAUCAAAAAGCAACACAGUAUCAAAAAUCGAAGUAUUUCUCUCACUAUUUAAAAUAACGUUACAACUAACGAAUCAAUCGAAAAACUAGCUCAGUUUCUCUACAUAAAUGUAUCACAAACGAAUUAACUUGCUUCACAACUUGCUGCUUUUGACACAACUGGUUCUCAUUUAGUCGCGCAGGUAAUGGAAGUUAGUGUUAAAACAUAUUCACAUGUUUGAAUUGUAAUGCAACGAAAAACAAAAAAGCCCUG